AUGGGAUUAUCCUCCGGCGCAACGAUCGGCCUAACUGUCGGUCUCCUUGUCCCCAUCGGCUUCAUAGUCUUCUACGUGUUCUGGUAUUGCCUGAUGUCUCCGAACCACGCAUUCAUGCUACGUUCACGCACUCCUUCUUCCUCUGCAAGUCGGCUUGAACAACUGCGCACACGGCAACGGGAUCUAGAGGCACAGGUUGCCGCGGAUGUUGGAAUGGAUGGUGCUCAUGGGUUUGAAGGGUUGGGCAGCGAGAGGGACGAAGGGUUGGAGAGAAAUGCAAGGGCUAUUCUAAGUACCAGAGAAAUUAGGGACAGGGAGUGGAGGGCUGCGAGGGAGAAGAAUGGACGGCCCGUGGGGGUUGAAUCGCCAGGGGUGGGUACUGUGGAGGCGAACAAGGCGACGGUUUGA